AUGUCUAAGAAGGGCCCAAACGAGGACGAGAAGUUCCUCUUUGUUGACAAGGAUUUCCUAAACAGCCCCAUGGCUCAGGCCGACUGGGCAGCCAAGAAGCUGGUGUGGAUCCCUUCGGAGAGACAUGGCUUUGAGGCCGCGAGCAUCAAGGAGGAGCACGGCGACGAAGUCCUGGUGGAGCUUGCUGACAAUGGCAAGAAGGUGACAGUCAACAAGGAUGACAUACAGAAGAUGAAUCCGCCCAAGUUCAGCAAGGUGGAAGACAUGGCCGAGCUCACCUGCCUCAAUGAGGCCUCGGUGCUGCACAAUAUUCGGGAGAGAUACUUCUCAGGCCUUAUUUAUACAUAUUCAGGCCUGUUCUGUGUGGUGGUGAACCCCUACAAGAUGUUGCCCAUUUACUCCGAGAAGAUAGUUGAAAUGUACAAAGGGAAGAAGCGGCAUGAAGUCCCGCCACAUAUCUACUCCAUCACAGACAACGCCUACAGAAACAUGAUGCAAGAUCGUGAGGACCAAUCCAUUCUCUGCACUGGUGAGUCUGGCGCUGGCAAGACUGAGAACACCAAGAAAGUCAUCCAGUACUUGGCUGUAGUGGCCUCUUCACACAAAGGCAAGAAGGACAGCAGUGCUCAACAAUCAGGAUCACAGUUUGCCUACGGAGAGCUAGAGAAGCAGCUCCUACAGGCUAAUCCCAUCCUGGAGGCUUUCGGGAAUGCCAAAACAAUCAAAAAUGACAACUCAUCCCGAUUUGGUAAAUUCAUCCGAAUCAACUUUGAUGUGACAGGCUACAUUGUUGGAGCCAAUAUUGAGACCUAUCUCUUGGAGAAGUCUCGUUGUAUCAGACAGGCAAAGAUAGAAAGAGCUUUCCACAUCUUCUACUAUAUGAUCGCCGGUGCCAAGGACAAAGUGCGAGAGGAGCUUCUUCUGGAGCCCUUCAGUAACUACCGCUUCCUAGUUGCGGGCCACGUCCAGAUCCCAGGCCAGCAGGAUGAUGAGAUGUACGAGGAGACAAUGGAGGCCAUGACCAUCAUGGGUUUUACGGAUGAGGAACGAAUUGAUAUCCUGAAGGUGUGUUCAACGGUCAUGCAGCUGGGAAACAUCGAGUUUAAGAAAGAACGAAACCAGGAGCAGGCUACAAUGCCUGACAACACAGCGGCUCAGAAGGUGUGUCACCUGCAGGGCAUCAAUGUGACAGACUUUACACGUGCCAUCCUCACACCUCGAAUCAAGGUUGGCAGAGAGGUGGUGCAAAAAGCUCAAACCAAAGAGCAGGCGGAUUUUGCCAUUGAAGCCCUGGCAAAGGCUGUGUUUGAGCGCCUGUUCCGUUGGAUUCUGGGUCGAGUCAACAAAGCCCUGGACAAGACCAAACGCCAAGGAGCCUCUUUCCUUGGUAUCCUUGAUAUCGCUGGCUUUGAGAUAUUUGAGGACAACUCCUUUGAGCAGCUAUGUAUCAAUUACACAAAUGAGAAGCUCCAGCAGCUCUUCAACCACACCAUGUUCAUCCUGGAGCAGGAAGAGUACCAGAGAGAAGGCAUCGAGUGGAACUUUAUUGAUUUUGGUUUGGACCUGCAACCUUGCAUUGAGCUGAUUGAAAGGCCGAACAACCCCCCUGGCAUUCUAGCCUUGUUAGACGAAGAGUGCUGGUUCCCAAAAGCCACCGAUGUCUCCUUUGUGGAAAAACUCAUGAGCACCCAAGGAAACCAUGUGAAAUUUGCAAAACCAAAACAACUAAAAGACAAGACGGAGUUUUCUAUUCUUCACUAUGCUGGAAAGGUGGACUAUAAUGCUACAGCCUGGCUGACAAAGAACAUGGACCCUCUGAACGAUAAUGUUACAGCACUGCUUAACAACUCCUCCAGCUCAUUUGUACAAGACCUCUGGAAAGAUACUGACAGAGUGGUGGGUCUUGACACCAUCGCCAAGAUGUCAGACAGCUCGAUGGGGGGUGGAUCAAAGACCAAGAAGGGAAUGUUCCGCACAGUUGGACAACUCUACAAGGAAUCCCUCGCCAAACUCAUGACCACACUGCACAACACCCAGCCCAACUUUGUCAGAUGCAUCAUUCCAAACCAUGAGAAGAGGGCAGGGAAGUUGGAUGCCAAUCUGGUUCUGGAGCAGCUCAGGUGUAAUGGCGUGUUGGAAGGAAUUCGAAUCUGCCGACAAGGAUUCCCUAAUAGAAUUGUCUUUCAGGAGUUUCGCCAGCGCUAUGAGAUUCUGGCAGCAAGUGCCAUUCCCAAAGGUUUUAUGGAUGGAAAACAAGCUUGCUGUCUCAUGAUCAAACAUCUGGACUUGGAUCCAAAUCUGUACAGAAUUGGGCAGAGCAAGAUCUUUUUCCGCACAGGGGUUUUGGCCCAGCUGGAGGAGGAGAGAGAUCUGAAGAUAACUGUCAUUAUCAUUGCCUUCCAGUCCCAGGCUAGGGGCUUCCUGGCCAGAAAGGCAUUUGCUAAGAGACAACAACAACUCACAGCCAUGAAAGUCAUUCAGAGAAAUUGUGCCGCCUACCUCAAACUUAGAAACUGGCAGUGGUGGAGACUCUUCACAAAGGUCAAGCCUCUUCUCCAAGUCACACGUCAAGAGGAGGAGAUGAGCCUAAAGGAGGAAGAGCUGCAGAAAUCCAAAGAAAAUGCUGCAAAGUUUGAAUCAGAGUUGAACGAAAUUACCUUGAAGCACACAACGAUUUUGGAGGAGCGGAAUGCACUGCAGGAGCAGCUUCAGGCUGAGACAGAACUGUAUGCGGAAGCUGAGGAGAUGAGGGUGCGUUUGGCAGCUAAAAAGCAGGAAUUGGAAGAAAUCCUUCAUGAGAUGGAGGCAAGACUUGAUGAAGAGGAAGAACGUUCUCAGUCUCUUCUGGUUGAAAAGAAGAAGAUGCAUCAGCAGAUGCAGGAAUUGGAAGAGCAUUUAGAAGAGGAGGAGGAUGCACGCCAAAAGCUGCAGUUGGAGAAGGUCACUUGCGAAGGAAAGAUCAAAAAGCUUGAAGAUGACAUCCUGGUGAUGGAAGACCAGAACAACAAGCUGCUUAAGGAGAGGAAAUUGAUGGAGGAGAGGGUCGCGGACUAUAGUACUAAUCUGGCUGAAGAAGAGGAGAAGUCAAAGAACCUUACGAAACUAAAAAAUAAACAUGAAUCCAUGAUCUCAGAACUUGAGGUCCGCCUGAAAAAGGAGGAAAAGACUCGGCAGGAGCUGGAUAAGGUUAAGCGUAAGUUAGAGGCAGAGUCGAACGAUCUCCAAGAGCAGUUAGCGGACCUGCAGGCCCAGAUCGCUGAGCUCAAAGCCCAGCUGGCAAAGAAAGAGGAGGAGCUACAGACUUCCUUGGCCAGAUUAGAAGAUGAGACCGCACAAAAGAACAACGCUCUGAAGAAAAUCCGAGAGCUAGAGGGCCACAUCUCGGACCUCCAGGAAGACCUCGACUCUGAAAGAGCAGCUAGGAACAAAGCGGAGAAGAUCAAGCGUGACUUGGGAGAGGAGUUGGAGGCUCUAAAGUCAGAGCUGGAGGAUACCUUGGACAGCACCGCCACCCAGCAGGAACUCAGAGCCAAACGUGAGCAGGAGGUGACCUUGCUGAAGAGAGCUAUUGAGGACGAGAACCGUACUCACGAAGCCCAGAUACAUGAAAUGAGGCAGAAACACACACAGGCUGUGGAAGAGCUCACAGAGCAACUGGAACAGUCAAAACGCGUCAAGUCAAACUUGGAGAAGGCCAAACAAGCCCUGGAGAAGGAAACAUCUGAAUUAACCAUGGAGGUGCGUUCCCUUACUCAAGCCAAACAAGACGGCGAUCAUAAGAGGAAGAAGUUGGAGGGUCAAGUGACAGAUUUACAAUCCCGCUUCAACGACAGUGAGAAGCAGAAGGCUGAACUGGGAGAACGCUGCUCUAAGAUCACUGUUGAGCUGGAGAGUGUUACCAACCUACUAAAUGAAGCCGAAGGAAAAAACAUUAAACUUAACAAAGAUGUUUCCAGUUUUAGCUCCCAACUCCAGGAUGCACAGGAGUUGCUGGCUGAGGAGACGCGUCAAAAGCUGCAGUUUUCGACGAAGCUUCGACAAGCAGAGGAUGACAAGAACAGUUUACAGGAGCAACUUGAGGAGGAGAUGGAGGCUAAGAGGAACAUUGAGAGACAAGUGUCCACUCUCAAUAUCCAGCUCUCAGAUACAAAGAAAAAGCUAGAGGAAAUGUGUGGGAACACUGAGCUACUGGAAGAAAGCAAAAAACGUCUUCAGAGAGAUUUGGAGGCCGCCAACACUCAGUUUGAGGAGAAGGCUGCUGCCUACGACAAGUUGGAGAAGACUAAAAACCGCCUGCAACAAGAGCUGGAGGACACAUUGAUGGAUCUUGACAACCAAAGGCAGAAUGUUUCAAACCUUGAGAAGAAACAAAAGAAGUUUGACCAGAUGUUGGCGGAGGAGAAAUCUGUCUCUAGUAAAUAUGCAGAUGAACGUGAUCGGGCUGAAGCGGAGGCCAGAGAAAAGGAGACAAAGGCUCUGUCUCUGGCGAGGGCUCUGGAUGAGGCCCAGGAUGCCAGAGAGGAGCUGGAGAGGGCCAACAAGGCCUUGAAGGCAGAGAUGGAGGAUCUGAUCAGUUCCAAGGAUGAUGUUGGCAAAAAUGUACAUGAGCUAGAAAAGUCUAAGAGAGGCUUGGAGGCCCAGGUGGAGGAGAUGAAGACCCAACUGGAGGAGCUGGAGGAUGAGCUACAGGCAGCUGAGGAUGCCAAACUGCGUCUAGAGGUCAACAUGCAGGCUUUGAAGGCCCAAUUUGAGCGGGAUCUUCAAGGACGCGAUGAGAUGGGAGAGGAGAAGAAGAGACAGCUUGUCAAACAGGUGCGUGAGUUGGAGACAGAGCUGGAGGAUGAGCGCAAACAGAGGGCCUCUGCAGCAGCAGCCAAGAAAAAGUUGGAAACUGAUAUGAAAGAUCUGGAGGGCCAGAUCGAUACAGCCAAUAAGGGAAGAGAUGAGGCCAUUAAACAGCUCCGAAAGAUCCAGGCCCAAAUGAAAGACUUCCAGAGGGAGCUGGAAGAUGCCCGUGCAGCUCGUGAGGAAGUGCUGACUACAGCCAAGGAGAGUGAGAAGAAAGCUAAGAGCCUGGAGGCCGAGUUGAUGCAGCUGCAAGAGGAACUGGCUUCUGCUGAGAGGGCACGGAAGCAAGCAGAGGCUGAAAGGGAUGAACUGUCAGAUGAGCUGGCAAGCAACUCCUCAGGAAAAUCAGCCUUGUCAGACGAGAAGCGCCGUCUGGAAGCAAAGAUCUCCCAGCUGGAAGAGGAACUUGAGGAAGAGCAGAGCAAUAUGGAGAUCCUCAACGAUAGGCUGAGGAAGAGCACACAGCAGGUGGAUCAGCUAAACAAUGAGCUGCAAACGGAGCGCUCAACUUCUCAGAAAAAUGAGAGCGCCCGGCAGCAGAUGGAGCGUCAGAACAAGGAGAUGAAGGCCAAGCUCAGCGAGAUGGAAAACCAGGUCAAGUCCAAGUUCAAAGCCUCCAUCACCGCUUUGGAGGCAAAGGUGGCCCAAUUGGAGGAGCAACUUGAACAGGAGAACAGGGAGAAGCAGGCUAAUGCCAAGAGUAUGCGCCAGAAGGAUAAGAAGCUCAAAGAUGUGUUGAUGCAGGUUGAGGAUGAACGGAAACAGGGUGAACAGUACAAAGACCAGGCGGAGAAGGCAAACACCCGCAUGAAGCAGCUAAAGCGGCAGCUGGAAGAGUCUGAGGAGGAAUCUCAGCGAGCCACAGCAGCUCGCAGGAAGCUGCAGCGGGAGCUGGAUGAAGCCACCGAGGCCAACGAUGCCAUGAGUCGCGAGGUCAACUCUCUCAAAAGCAAACUCAGGCGUGGAAAUGAACCCUCCUUUGGCAGUGCACCUAGGCGCAUGGGCGGAGGUCGGAGGGUGGUUGAGGAUGCGUCCGAGGAGGAAGUCGACUCCCAAAAUGACUUCAAUGGAAAGUCAGCAGAUUGA